AUGCACGGGAACGGCUAUGAAGAGAAUACAGCAGCAGAACGCGAGCUCGUCCACAAGAUCGACCUGUUUCUGCUCCCAUGUAUCUGGGUUGUCUACCUACUCUCCUAUAUGGAUCGAUCGAAUCUCGCAAACGCUCGAGUCGCGGGUAUGGGCACCGACCUAGAGAUUAAUGAUCGCCGUUACUAUCUCUGCGUUGUUGCAUUCCAGAUCGGCUACGUUAUCGCAGAGAUUCCUUGCAACAUGAUCUUGUCGAGAUCACGACCAUCGAUCUUCAUACCAGUCAUUAUGGUCUUGUGGGGAUCUGUUUGCGCAAUCAUGGCUUGUGCUCAGACCUGGCAACAGCUUGUCGGUCUCCGAUUCCUCCUGGGUGUUGCCGAGGCCGGGUUUAGUCCUGCAGUAAUGUUCAUUGUGUCUAGUUGGUACCGCAGAGGGGAACAGUCGAAACGUUUUCUCGCCUUCCACAGUGCAGGAAUUUUCUCUGGAGCUGUAGGAAGCAUCCUCGCUGGCUCAAUUACUGGAGGCCUAGAUGGUUCUCGUGGCAUCGAGGGCUGGCGUUGGUUGUAUAUCGUCGAAGGGGUCAUCACUGUCGCGGCAGCAUUCCCUGUACCAUUUAUCCUACUCGACUACCCCCUCACCUCGAAACGACUCUCUACGGAAGAACGGACACUCGCCUACGACCGACUUGCCGCAGACGGUAUCACCAGCCGGAACGACGACGAAUUCACGAUCAGUCACAAACAAGCAUUACAAAUGGCAUUUUCCAAUUGGAGGUUAUAUCCUUUGAUGAGCGGAUACAUGAUCAUCAUCGGGAAUAUGACACUGUCGAAUUUCUACCCUACAUUCGUCAUGUCUUUUGGUUACGACAGAGAAGACGCUCAAUACAUGACAGCACCGCUAUAUGGUGUAGCACUCGUCGUGGCUGUAAUUGCCUGCGUCAUUGCCGACAAAGUUCCAAGAUGGCGCGCAAUAUUCACCAUGGCAGUCCUUCUGAUCUUCGGUACCGUGUUUUGUGCACUCGCGUCGGUCAUUACAGCAUCUAUUCCUCGAUAUAUCUUCCUCUGCUUCAUAAACACUGCAAUUUGGUGCGGAAACCCACUAGCGCUCUCAUAUACCAGUACAGUUCUGGGACUAGCUCAGCCAGAGGUGAGAGCCAUUUCCCUAGCCAGUAUCAACGGAGCCGCCAAUCUCGCCCAGCUUUACGCUACAGAGAUCAUCACAGUAUCCAAACCACCUCUGGCUAUUAUGGGAUUCCAAGUAUUUUCUGGACUCUUCGCAAUCGGCGCUCUGAUCUAUCUCGCAUGCUUCUUCAUAUAUCAGAAAUGGCCCUACAAAUCCACGCAGACGGCUUGA